AUCACUAACCGGGAGGGGCGGGGUGGGGGACGGGACGGCGUGGAGGAGCCGGAGGCUGGCUGGCUGCUCGGCUCCACCUCGGCUGACAUGUCCCGCCAGGCUAAGGACGACUUCCUGCGGCACUACACAGUCUCCGACCCCCGGAACCAUCCCAAGGGCUACACCGAGUACAAAGUGACCGCUCAGUUCAUCUCUAAGAGGGACCCGGAGGACGUCAAAGAGGUGGUGGUCUGGAAGCGGUACAGCGACUUCCGGAAGCUGCAUGGAGACCUGGCCUACACCCACCGGAACCUCUUCCGCCGCCUUGAGGAAUUCCCUGCUUUCCCCCGAGCCCAGGUGUUUGGCCGGUUUGAAGCCUCAGUGAUUGAGGAGAGACGGAAGGGAGCUGAGGACUUGCUUCGCUUCACUGUGCACAUCCCUGCACUCAACAACAGCCCCCAACUCAAGGAGUUCUUCCAGGGCGGGGAGGUGACGCGGCCCUUUGAAGUGUCCAGGGACCUGCCCAUCCUGCCACCCCCUCUGAUCCCCACACCGCCCCCUGAUGAGCCCCGGCUGCAGCCAGAGGAGCCCUGGUUGCCCCAGCCGCUUCCUGCCGAGAGGAGAGGCCUCGAGGAGUUGGAGGUGCCAGCUGACCCCCCGCCGUCCAGCCCUGCGCAGGAGGCCCUGGAUCUGCUCUUCAACUGUGGGAGCAUCGAGGAGGCGUCCGGUUCCCCUGCCCAAGGGCACCUCACCGAGGCUGAGCUGGCCCUUUUCGACCCCUUCUCCAAGGAAGAAAGUGCAGGCCCCAGUCCUACCCAUGUAAGCGAGUUGGCAGCGAUGGAGGCAGAGUCUGAAAGGCUUGACCAAGAGCCCUGGGAGCCAGGAGGGCAGGAGGAGAAAGGCAUACCUGUACCCCCCUAUCUGAGCCAGGCCACAGAGCUCAUCACCCAGGCCCUGCAGGAUGAGAAGGCAGGAGCCUACCCCGCAGCUCUGCAGGGCUACCGGGAUGGGGUGCACAUCCUGCUUCAGGGAGUUCCUGGUGACCCAUCACCUGCCCGCCAGGAGGGUGUGAAGAAGAAGGCAGCUGAGUACCUGAAGCGGGCAGAGGAAAUCCUGCACUUGCACCUGUCCCAACUCCCACCAUGAGAGGGAGUGGGCCUUCCUCAGGACUCUAGCUCCAGCACUGCCAGCCAUCCCCUUCUCCUCUCCCUGGGGCCUGGCCCUGUCUCCUGGUCUUGUAACUCCAGGGGCCAUUGCUGUAUGUAACUGGACCAAGAAAGAAAAAUAAUGAAUUCUCAGCUCCCUGGUCACACCUGCCACCUUGUAAACAGAGACUCACAGUUCUGAUCCUGCCUGUCUUGAUGUGUGGGCAACAGCUCUGGUCACUCAACUAUCUGUUCACCCAUCUAGAACUGGGGUCUGCAAACUUCAGCCUGCAGCCAAAUGUGGCCCGCUGCCUUUUUUUUGUAAAGCUAUGAGCUAGUUUUUGCAUUUUUAAUAGUUGAAAAAAAUCGAAAGAAUAUUGUGACAGGUGAAAGUACUUGAAAUUUAAAUACCUAAAAAUAAAACUUUGUCAGAACACAACCAGA